UGUACAACAUCUGUGUACAAAUCUUGACAAAAUUUGUAUCAUUUUUCAGAUUAGUUACUUGUGUGUGUAACAAACUACGUUGUGUGUAUGUAACAAAUACAUACGUAAAUAAUCAACACGUCCAUAGCUCUUUCUGAUUUGAUUAUCAAUCAAAUUAAUAACAAUUAUUAAUUACACUACUAUUAAUAAUAUAAGUUUACUAAAUGCAUACUGCAGAGUCAAGAAUAUUAAAGAUAACAGUGCUACUUAUGACUAUCGGAAUUCAAUCAAGUUUUGGAUUUGCUCAAACCAUUGAAAUUCACCUCAUAGAUGACAAUACGACAAUUCCAAGAAUUUUUAACGUGGAACGUUGCAUUCCCGCCAUACCCAAAUCGGAAUCUGGUGACAUCCAUAAAAUUGAAACAAAAGGGAACUGUAUCAACAUUUAUUCCCAAGAAAACUGCGUCGGACAAUUCAUCCGACUUCGAACUAGUGGUUAUUUCAAAUAUGUCGACGACAUGGCAGCACAUCGUUGGGAGGACGACAUUUUGGUCGCCAAUGAAAAAAUGAUGGUUACUUCAAUCGGGCCGUGUUUGGAAAAAUGCGAUCCUCAAAAUUGGGCCGGAAUAAGGAGGGAUAUUCCAACUAAUGUUACAUUUUAUGAUCAGGGGACCUAUAAAGGAACCAAUUAUACAUUCUCAAUAUCUGGAAUGCAGUGCAUCACACUUCCGUCACUUCCGACUGGGAGGAUGUCCAUUAAAAUUUCAGGAACUGCCACAACCACCUGUGUCGAAUUACAUGGAGACCUCUCGUGUGGGGGGAACUCGGUCCAAUUGCGGCCAGGAUAUCCAAACCUGCAUGGCUUAUGGUGGUGGGGCUUCCAUCAUGGGCAUGUUCCUGCCUUUUACACCCAGUCGUUCUCACUUUGCGGAAAUACUUGUCCAACAGUCAUGCAAUCCUUCGUAACAAAAACAACCCCAAGGACGACCCAGCCGCCUGCUACAACUGCGACUAUGACAACGACGACGGUGUUAGAAGAACGGGUGACCAAUCAGUCUAACUUGGACGUUCAUGAAAAAGAAAGCAACUCGCAAGGGGACGAACAGCCAUCGGAUUCACCAGGUUGGGACAUUCUGCUGAUUAUAUUGGCAAUCUUGUCCGUCCUGGGUCUUGUCGGGUUUGGUGGGGUUUAUUUUUUUCAGCGGUAUCGAAAUGUCCACCUUCAGUCUGACCAAGAACGUUACAACGUCAGGUACAAGUUAUAAUGUGAAAACUUUUACAUGGUAAUGCUCUGAAUGUUAAUAGAAAUAUUGAAAUUUAGUUUUAUUAAUUUAAAGGUUUAAGUUAAUAAAACUAAAAGCCUUCAAAGCUUGAAUUGUAUCCACAAUUACGCAUGGUACAGAUGUACACACGCAUGCAUGCAUGCAUCUACAUAUGUGUAUUUAACUUUCUUUAGUCAAAUUCCAACGUAUUUCAUCUUUGAACAUUAAUAUCAGUAAAUUCGCUAUAAGUUUGAUUCAGUUUUUUCAACUCCUCAUCAGGAUUGAUCACUCCAUCAUGAAACAGUUCGGUUCAUCUCAUAUGGUCUUAAAUUUUUUGUUAAUGUAAAUGUACGUACAUCUGUAAGUAUCACUUAUUUUGUCACGUGUCAUGCCACACUAUUCCCAACAAAAUUGCUGGCAAUGUAUUUAGUAAAGUGCUAUAUAUGUCAUUGUGAAAUGCCCAAUCCAGUUUUUCUUAAUUACACGUCCAGAUUUUUGUUUGUGCAAGUUUUAUCAUCACCAUCCGGGUGGAAAUUUACAGCUUUUGUCGUGGCAAUGGCAAAGCAGCUCGAUUAUUUCAUAUCCAUGCCGUCCUCUUCUGCGCAGUUCAAGGCAACAUGUGCAAAUAUUCCGUGCAGGUAGAAUUUACUGCUAUCUUGUCCGGGACAAUACAUAUAUUUGCGAUUAUGUACAUACAUACAUGCAAGUUUUCACAGUCUAUGAAAUUUAGUGAUUACAUAACAGCUACGCCUAUGUAUGUGACAUGCAUAUGUAUGCUUGAUUGAGGACUAGCCUCCCCUAAAAGUUUUAUUAAGUAUGCAAUCGCAUCUUAUUGAAGGUCGGGGUAGUAGCAAAAUUUAUUUCACGGGAGAAAGAUGUUUCUCUAUUGCGCUCUUGGAAUCACUGCUUUCCUGAUACUUUACUAUUUGCUGUUAAAAAAUAAUCAUGAUGACAAGGAACCACCAGGACCAAAACCGUGGCCAAUUCUAGGAAAUUUGCCAGAUUUGGCGAACGCGUCGGAUAAAAUGACCUUAGCCAUGGGAAACUUGGCUGAAAAAUAUGGAGAAAUAUAUUCCUUAAGGAUCGGAUCUAAAAAGUCAGUCGUGCUCACCUCAAAGGAAGCCAUGCAAACCAUCCUCUCCAAUGAGGCAACAUUUGCUCGCGAUUUUUCAGGAAUGUUUGCAGAUCGAUGUUUCCAUAAGAAUUUAGGAAUCUCUUUUUCUGAAGGAGAAGUCUGGGAAAAGUUGAGACCUUGGACGUUUAAAACGUUGAAAGAUUUCGGUUUUGGCAAAUCUUCUGAUAUGGAACGUUUUAUUAAAGUCGCAUCGAAACGUUUAUUCGCCUCAAUUGAUGAUAAGAUAGGAUUUGAAAAGACGAGCUGUGACCUCGAUGUGGAACUUCUCUACAACGAUUCCAUACUUUCCAUCAUGUGGCAAAUGAUAGUUGGUCGUCUGUCCCCAGAAGACGAACCGUCUAUAAAAAUCCUCUCCGAGAAAGGAGAUGCUUUCGUUCGAGUCAGCGUUUUUGGGACCGGAAUCGUAAAUGCGUUUCCAUUUUUGAGAUUUAUCUUUCCAAACGCAUUAGGAUACAAUGUGCAGAUGGACUUUUUCCAGACGUGCAAUUCAAUUGCGCAAAAUUUGUUCAACGAAACUGAUGCAAAAAUGAAGACAGUGCAGGUCACAACGCCAAAAAAUUUAUUGGAAGCUUUCGUCCAAAAUUGUACCACGGAUCCUAAAAUUUUUAAUUCUGACAAUUUUCUUCUUACAUUUCAAGAUUUGAUGCUCGCCAGUACCGACACGUCGAACACGUUUAUAUUGAUCGUAAUUUUAUUCCUCAUAACUUAUCCGGACGUACAGGAGAAAGUUUAUCAAGAAAUUUUAAAAGUUUCACCGGAUGGAGGAGACCUUAGUUUUUCCGAUAAGAAAAAGUGUGUAGGAUUACCUCAUUUGCAUUGAACUGUUACAGAAAUGUACACGUGGUUCAAUGGAAAAUAUUGCAAAGGGAAUAGUCCAUAAAUCUCUCUUACAAUGCGAUGGUGUGAAGUGUAACCCUCCAAUUUGGUUGAAAUUUUGACAUUAUGUGAUCCAUGUCAAUACAACUAAAGGUUUCUUCAGGCAGUUUGUGCGAUGGUCAGAAUUUGCCAAAAUAUUUGAGGCCAAAUUUAAAAAAAACAUGCGAUUUUUAACACCGGAAGUAAAUGGAACUUGAGUUUGCUUUCUCCGCCAGGAAAAAUCACCCGUUUUUCUACUUUGCCCUCAAAUAUUUUGGAAAAUUCUGACCAUCGCACAAACUGCCUCAAGAAACGUUGGUUGUAUUGACAUGGAUCAGAUAAUUUCAAAAUUUCAGCCAAAUCGGAGGGUUACACUUCACACCAUCGCAAUGUUAGUUAUGAGGAUUUUGGAUUGAGAUUUUUGUUGAUUAUCCAACUCUCUUUAAUAUCAACCUUGCUAUAUAAAUCCUCAAAAUGUUGACUUUAAGAGGCAAAAUUUGGAUAAUUACCAAGAAUGCCGUACAUCUAAGCCUUCUUCUUGGAGGCGCAUCGGAAGGGACAAUUCGUCCAGAACUUGCUCCCUCGUCGUGCCUUGUCGGAUAUUGCCUAUAAGAACUACAUUAUUCAAAAGGACACAAUCAUCAUAAGCGACACACGGCUGUACUAUGAAAAUAAGGAGGAUUGGCCUGAUCCAGCAGCAUUUCGACCGGAACGUUUCCUCGACAAGGCUGGACAGGUCGUCAAUGCGGGAAAAAUUAUUUCCUUUUCAUUC